AUGCCAGACGAAGCCAUUAGACACUUGAGUUCAAACUGGGAUGAUGUCGUGGUGGUCAGAGAAGGUUCAUCCACCACGUUGGUCUGCACUUAUGAGAUGUCGAGAAGUCCCGUCACCUUAAACUGGAUGAGAAAGUCACUCGGUGCGAUUGAAUGGAAACUGGUUCUAUCAGCUAGCAAGAGGAAGACGUUCUCUGGAGGUGCCUCGAAGUCAUCAAUGCGAUUGACUGACCCCAACUUUCAUGACACUGGGGUUUUCUCACUGUUUUUCAUCCCCACAAUGGAGGAUAUAGGCCUCUACUCAUGCUUGAUAAAGCAGCAAGAAAGGAAACUGAAGGAGAGGUUAAUCUUUUUAGCUAUCCUUACAGUCACCGUCCUCCCCUCUCCAAUCAUUUCUGUGCACAGCACCCUGCGAAUGAAUGCCAUGGUCACUCCAGACACUGCCAUCAACAACAUCACCUGGACAUCACCGCAUGGCAUUACCAUAAAGAGCGAGAAAAUAUCAAGCAGGGAAACAGAGGCCAAACUGCCAAUGGUCCAGUACACGGACAAAGGUGUCUACGUCUGCACGGUUCACCCUUGGGGAAAGAGCAGCAGCCCAAUUUUCCCCUUCAAUGUGAACGUGAACAUUACUGCUAACAACGGGCCCUGGUACACUCACGCCAAACAUGUUCCUACAGACGACAAGAGCUUCACUGCCACAGUGGUUCAGAGGCCCUUGCUCCUGAAAUGUCCUGGUGUUCGGGGGGACAUGGUCGUGCUGCAGUGGAGACCCCCAGACAAGGGGAAUAACGAAAGGAAGGUUGUGAUGCAGUAUGAUCGCUGGAGGGGCACCACUCAUCGGGAGCAGCCUAGCCGGAGAGUCCAGUUGGCCGGCCCGCCCUUUAACGCAGAGGCUGGGAUCUUCGCCUUUCGACUCACGCCCGAGCUCAGUGAUGGCGGCCUCUACAUCUGUGAGGUGCACCUCGAUGACAAGAUCACCCUCCAAAGCACCACGGUCAGCGUAAUGAAAGUUCAAACCAAACGUUCAUCCUCAAAGCUGGACCUGAUCUGCCUGUACUCAGAGCGGUCCCAGGUCAAGAGCGUCAAAUGGAACCACCAGAACCACAAUCGCCAGCCGCAAAUGUCAGCCAACAGACCGGGCCAAAUCUUGACCACCGUGCCCUUACCAAUCACCUCUGACACAGCUGGAAACUACACCUGCACCCUGAAGCUGAAUAAUGGGCAGACCAUCUGGGCCACGCAAGCUGUCACGCUGCCCCCUGAAGUUGGGAAGGAUGAGCAUGUCGAUGUCACCGCCCCCUCCAUGCUCCCUUCUCUCUCUGCUUUAUUACUCCUGGUGCCCCUGGUUGCUGCGGCUGUUGGUGUGUUGCUAUGGAGACAGAAACAAAUUUCUGAUCGUGAUAUCGAGUAUUCGCUGUCUGUCCAGUCGGGUGAAGUAGAAAACAUCUAUGAGAAUCCUGAUGAUAUCAGACAGCAGGGUCCUGCCCUGGACUCGGUCUACAUGGAUUUGAAGCCUAGAGGAGAGGAUGAUGUCUAUAAGGAACUGGAGCGAUAGGAGCAGUGUCAGAGCUGAUCACCUAUACCCACAUCUCAUCCUCAUCCAGCUGUCACAUCUGCUCAGCUCCCAUCUGCAACAGAAGGGCUUUAUAAACAAAAGCAACAACUCAAUGUCUGAGUUGGGAUUUAUAAUAAUAAAAAAAACUUCAGUGCUUCAGGGAAAUGCAACUCAUUUGUUGCCGCAGUGUUUUUUCCUUUUAUACAGAUUUUUUAUUCUCACGUAUUGAGACAAAAGAUUUUCUCAUAAGGCUGUAAAAUUUGUUCACAAUGUGUUUGUGUUAUGUAUGAUAUUGUCUGAUUCACUUGGUUCCUUGACUCUUAUUUUGAUAUUUGUUAUUCUAUUGUUAUUUCUCUCACUAUUUGUGUUGAGUUUAAAGUUGUUGGGGAAGUAUCCAGAGACUUUAAUUUGUAUGAGUAGUAACACCAAGCUAUAAAAAUACUUAAAUGUCAUGAAUUCACAAUCCUAAAGUAAAAGUACAUAAUAGGUGCACUGUUUAAGUACUAAGAUUUAUUUUCUUUUUUUUGACAUGGCAGGAAAAAACAACCACAUAAAUAUUUUUAGCUGUGAACCCUGAAAUGUGUGAAAUAAAGCAUUACAUAAAAUAUA